AUGUAAAUGUAUCCAUGUAGCGCAGGACUGCUUAAAGUUAUUGACGUUUGAGUGAUGAAUCAUAGGCAAUGGUGGACGAAGCACACAAAUAGAGAACAAAAGUAUUUUAAUGUACUUAAACAUUAAUCAAUCAGUACUUUUUACUUUUAAUACUUAUUUAGCUUUUUUAUAUUUUCCAUCCUACUAUUUGGAAUACAUGUGUGUGUGUGUGGGAGGGGAGAUGGGGGGGGUGUAUGAUGUGAUGUGUAUAUGUCUAGAACUGAGAGAACUGAAUUUGGUACUUGCAGUAGUUCUGACAGGCCAGGUGGCAUUAUUUGUGAAUACACUCAAAGAGCGCGCAAAGAAAGCUGUCUCUCAGACAGCAUGUGAUCCUGAAUUGAGAUCUUGUUCAUGGCUUAUUGUGCUUGAACGGUCAAAUACACACAUUUAUGUGUCAAAAUGCCCGUCUUGGCAAGUAAACACAGUGGGUUAUGUCUUAAGUGAACAUAAACAACUCGGAAAGAAAUCUGAUGUGUAUCGAUAUAUUGGAUUUGUGGAUUAGGUCUUAAAGUGACAGCAGCCUAAUAUAAGCCUGCUGCUGCCUGUGUCAUUAAUGUUUAUCAAACAACAAAAGAAAAAGAGAAAAUCUUACUGCUCUUAUCUGAAUAACUUUUAUAUUUAAUAUUUUUUAUAUUUAAUAUUUGCAGUUUUACUUACAAUAUAUUAGGCUAGGUUUGCUGUGGUAUGGAUGGGGUCUUCUGGCGCCAUUGUGUACACUGUGUCAGAAGGGUAGCCCAUUGUCUUUGACUUUUAAAACCCCCCUCUACUGAGUCAGUUCUUUUUGCUUUUUGCAGUCAGUCAAAAACAUAUGCCGCAGUGUAGUCUGAUAACAGAAUAAAUGAAUCUCAUGUGUCGGUUCUUUUUAAUGAGUCGGAAACAGCACAGCCAGUGCAGUGCAAUUCCCAAAUAAAUGACUGUAAUAAGUGGGUACUUUUAAGUGAAUCAAAGACACACAACUAACUAACCAGUUACUGACUGACAGUUCAUGUGACAGCGUGUAGUUUAAUAUACACAUUCUGUCAGUAGUAUUUUAUAUAUAAUAUUUUAUACAUUUUUUGUAUUGUUGUUCAGUAUAUAUAGUUAAGGCCAGUUUUUGGAUUGCAUUAGUAUAGUGGUUUGGUUCAGAGAGUUUCACACCGCUUUGAGGAUGGGUGCAAACUGACACUGUGCUUUGAGAGAUGAGGAGAUGCUGUAUGUGUUGUAGAAGCUCACUGUGUACCAGAGCACAUGGUUUGCUCUUUAUUAGCAAGUACCAACUCUGUUUGAAAUUGAUUCAAAAGGAUCAUUUCUGAAUUCACGCUGCACAAUGUCAUAUCUAUCAAUUUAUAAAGGCCUUUUAAAGAAGGGUGCAUUCAAAGUAAAUGAUGGUUUGCUCAAGGCUGUUGAUCUGCUGAAUUUCAAACAAACAGUGCUAUAACUUCUUGCUUUUCCUGUAUUCUGCUUCCGCUGUCUUUCCAUUGCUGAACUGUAUGCCUAUGUGUAUCUAUGUUAGAUUAGUCUAGUUAAUAAAGUAUUUUGUGUCACACAUAAAGCUGUUUGUGGUCCCUAAUCAUGCAGAUUUUGGCUACAUGCUCUGAGUUACAUUUCUUAACAUUUUCUUCACGUUUCUUUACAGUAAGAAAGUUAGCUAACACUUUAUUUUACAGUGUCUUUGUUACACGUUACAUGUAGUUACUAUAGUAUUUACUAUAAAUUGUGCUUAAUUACUUCCAACUAACCUAAAGCACACCCUAAUCCUAACCCUAACCCUAUAGUAAGUAUACAGUACUUAAUUAUUAUUACUCAGUGCUACACUAUAACACAGACACCUUAAAAUAAAGUGUAACUGAAAGUUAUUUCUCAUACCCCAGAAAUUUACAUUUCUUAGAGUUAAUAAACAAUUAACACUGAGUGUUCGCUGGAUGAACAGGUUCGUUAAUUCUGCUACAUCAAGUUAAUUCUUACAGCUGAUCUAAAUAUUUAGAAUUAAUUAUUCAUAUUUCCCUUUGAGCUAAUUUGCUACAUCACAGAGUAAUUAUGUUGCAUUCAAGGCCUAGAACAUAACAGUAGCCCUUAUAUUUGCCACAAAUGAACAACAAAUAAAUGAUACUUGAAUUCGUACAUGUUUUAUUUUUUGGAUGUGUUUCAUGGUAGUACCGUAGUAGUCAUGGAAGUACCUUGGACUAUGAUGGCACAUUCAAUUUCAGUGCCAAGGUAUUAAUUACCAACAGUGUAUAAUGGUACUGCUACUGUAUCUUCUGUAGUACCUGCUGCAGUGUUCACACUGAAUUUAGAUAAUACUAAUUAGAUAUAGUUUGUGUAAUCAAUAUAAUAACAUUUACAUUAAACCACACAUACAGGAAGAUUGAUAUAGUGAGUGAUAGAAUGCCUUGGUGUUAAUGCUGGGGGUGUUAAUGGUCUUCACACUUCUACACAUGUGUGGUUUCUGGUUGAAGACAGAUGUGUAUUUAACAGAGUGGACCAAAAAUAUCUGCAGCAAACCAAAAAAGAAAUCAACAAAGAGAUUUCAGUCUUGUUGUGUUCUGACUUUUCAAAUAAGAUGCUCCAGUGUAUUCUUCUGGCCACCCUGCUGAUAUCCUCAGUUUGUGCUUUUGACAUGGAAAUGCACAGAGGAAACUUUACUGAAGAUGAACUUGAAGAAAUCUUGGGUGAGAUGGCACCAGCCCAACAACUCCCUGGAUUGUGCUGGGCUUGCAAGUGGGCCAUGCGGAAAGUGAGAGGCCUAAUCUCCAGUACAGCAACUCAGAGUGACAUUAAACGGGUGCUGUCACAUGUCUGUGAUGAGAUUGGGUUCCUAAAAUUCAUGUGUAGGAUAUUUGUGAAUAAGUAUCUAGGUGUUCUGAUUGAAGAACUUUCAACUACUGAUAACGCAAGAACCAUCUGUGUUAACGUUGGUGUUUGCUAAUAAAGAGCAUAGAGUAAAUGACCUUUCUCCUAUGUAUCGAAGAAAUGCAAAAUGUCAUUUUUUCGAGUGUUAUCUUUAGCUGGAAACGUUGAUGAAAUUCUUUACUAUAGAGCUAAUGGUGUGAUUAUUGUGGGUUUGUAUUUCACACUGUCUGUUGCUACAAAUGAAAGCAGAAAUGACUUGAAGUUUUUUGCAUAUUUGUCACAUACACUCAGCUUUCACUGUAUUUUUUCCUGCAAUAAACUGCUAAAUAAAUGUGUGAACAAACUUUCAUGUUUUGUGUGGCAUGAUGCUAAACUCCUCUUCUCCGAUUUUUGGUGAUACUUUUACAAUCAUAUUAUUUUAUAGGUCCGUUUCUUGGUCUAUCUCAUGCCCAUUUCAAACUCAUAAUUUCUUCUAAUUACUCAGCAAAGAAGACCAUUUGCAGAGAGAAUUAUACAAUUAAAUGGGCUUGAGUGACAAGUAUGAACAAACAUAUUUGACCAUAUAAAUAAUUAUCAUAAAAUACAUAAUAACUGCACACAUUUAGACAAUUAGACAAUAUUUACAAACAAAUGUGUUCAAACGUUUGCCCAUUAUAUAACUUUGUAAUCAAAACAUAAACAAUACUAGCUUUGCAUGCAGCAGAACCUGAUACACGCUGCAACCUGCGACUGCGAGGCUGUGGUGACUAUAUAUGGAAGUGAAUUAAUGACAGUGAUGUGUUGCUGGUGUCCAUCCCAUCACAGGCAGAAAUAUAUUAUAUGAUUAAAAUUAUUUUUGAAGGCUGAAAAGUGAUUUCCAUUGGAAGUCAGUUGUUUCCUUUGACACCAGCUUCUUUUGUUAACCUGCUUUAUCAAACGCUAACUAUCAUUCACAUGGGCCAUUUAUGCUUGGACCCCAACGAUUGCCACUUACGGCUAUAUACAUAUAUAUAUAUUGCCACCUAUUCAUUGUAGAAAUGGUCACAAACAGCAUCAUCUGGUCAAAUCAGUAGUGAAAUGAAUUAAAAUUCAAUUUAAUACGAUUUACUUUUUAAAAAAAUAUUUCAUGUAAUACAAUGAGACAUUUAUGAAGUGUACCGCAUAGUAGGGAUGACCUAUCUAUAGUCAAACUGAAACACAUUUUGAGAUACAACACCAAGCUCAGAAAGAUAUUAUGGUUGUAAAUGUACUUUUUAAAAAAACUUUUUUAUCUGUACUGCUGUC